AUGCAGCAAGUAAAGGUUCUUACAGCGGAAAAGGACCAGGAAUUGCUGGAGUGCGUCCUACGGUUACCGCUUCAAAACGCGGAAGCAGCGCUCAUGAUGAUGCAAGUGCUGCGGGUGGAACCGCCCGUGCCAGGGACAUCAAAGGAGGUUACGCUUUGCGCAGAUGACAGCACGCGGUCUACAAUCUACGUCAAACUAGGGGCCGCUCAGGAACGUUCACUGCGCGCAGCAGUAGGAGCACUUCUCGAACAAUCUAAACUUAUUUUACGGACAAUGGACGCAUUUCCUCUCAUUGCACACCACACUGUGUAG